AACAUCGAUAUUCAUAUCGAUAUAAGAUCAACAAAUGGGUGAUCGUAUUCUCCCACUCUCGAGCAUAUACAGAUGAUCAUUAUAAAUUAUUAGCAUUUGUUGUGCCUUACCAUAAAUAUUGACAUAUAGUAAUGUUAUUUGAGCGUCACCUGUGUUACUGAAAGUUCUUGCUUGCUAAAAUGCACAGCGUAGUUGGAGCCACGGGGAGCAGCAAAGUUGUAGCCACAUUGCGCGCUGAUGGCAGUGUGGCAAUGGAAGCCCAAUCCCUAAACCAGCAGCUAUCUAAUUUGUUGAAUUAUGAAAUUCGCACCGAGGGCGAGCUUCUGUUGAAGAAGGGGAACGCGCACGGGCCAACAACGGUCGUUGACUUAGGGAAGCAACUUUUGCAAUGUGCCCGAGACAGCGAUGUUCCCGGUGUAAAAACUGCCCUUGCACAUGGCGCUCCAUUUGUAUCGGACUGGCUGGGCAUGUCAGCACUUCACUUUGCUGCGAUGAAUAAUCAACUGGACAUCUGCGAAAUUCUAUUACAAGGCGGGAUCAACAUGGAGGCCAAGACUAAAGUAGAUCGAACCCCAUUGCAUCUAGCCUGCUAUUUUGGGCACGAGCGAAUUGUGAACCUACUGCUGACUCUAAGAUGUGCUGUAAACGCACGUGAUAUGCUUCGCAUGACACCCUUGCACUGGGCUGUGGAGAAGAAGCACAAAAGUAUUGUACGCAUGUUAUUAAAAAGUCAAGCGGACGUAACGCUAGUCUCCAAGUUUGGCAAAACGCCCAUCGCCCUGGCCGUGUUAACCGAGCAGGCAGAUAUUUUAGCGGAGCUCGAGGUUGCGCGGCAAUCUCAAGCCAACCGCAAAUUUAAUGAAGAGACAGAGAAAGAAACCAGCGAUGCAGUAAAUUCUAUAAUGGAUGAGUCUAAGUCAAUACGAAGCCUUGACGACGCUGACAUGUCGGUUGAGGAUAAGAUGGAUGUUCUAGAGACGUUACGCGGCCACACAAACAUGCUGGGAAACUCAGCCUUAAAUAUGCUCAAAACGCAUGGCAUUGCAGACAUGAUGCAGGACAAUCAAAUAGACGAUGAAGCUUCGAAAAAGAUGCUAAACACUGCACUUCGAAAUGGUCGACAGCUGGUGCUCUCUGAGGGCGGUCGCAUGUUGUUGCACGAAACAAACCGUGGUUCAACUGUCAAACAAAGUACAAAUGGAUCUAUAAACAAUAGUUUAAAAACCAGUGCAAUUAACUUGCAGCAUCCCAGUACAAAUCAAACUAACCUCAAUUCUUCCCCACAAAAAAUACGCAUGAAUGUCAUCAAACAGAAGGACUCAUCAUCGUCAGCAAGUGCAGCAGGUGGCGUAACAAAGAACAAGAAUAUAAGAAUUAUAUCGUUGACUGACUUCAAGAAACUUUGCGAUCAACCAAAAUCUCUACAGAAAAUACCUGCAACCUUAGCAAGCUCUGGUGUUGUUCGUCAACUGGCGGAUGGUACCAAAUUGGUUAAUAUGCGGCAGUUACAAUCUCGUCAGUUGAAGUUGCCAUCAGUGCCCAGAUCUAUUGAUAACGUUGCCAUUGAUGAGCAGCAGCAAGGGUUGAACGAAGCCAUAAACCCAACGACAGCACACAAUCCCGCAGCACCGAGCACGAUGCGGGGGCAAGUGGGCACUGUGCAAACAAUUCAACUGCGCCCUUCCCCAGCAGCCGGAACUGCUGUCGGUGCCUCUAACAAUGGCAUUGCUAAUAAGCCUUCCACCAAUGCAACGAUGCGUUCGAAUCUGCGCACUGGAAAUGAAUUCAGUACCACGAAAGGUCCCAACGUUAUGCAGUUGCCAACAUCGACCGAAAUUUGUCGACAGGUGCACGAACUGCGGCGACACAAUGAGGAGCUACGGCGUCGCGUUGAUGUAAUGCAGAAGGAAAAGGAGGAUAUGCUGUUGCGAAUCGAACGCUUGGAACAACUGGUUCUGAUUCGGGAUUCAGAUACAGAAAUGAAAUAUGUGGAUAUUUAGUGAAGGCGUGGCUUAUCUACUUUGUAAAUAUGGAUAACAUUACGAUAGGAAACAUACUUAAGUUUUUUUUAUAAGAAAUAUUUUCUAUUUUCUGUUUGACUGCCCUAACACAUUUUGAUCAUUUCAACCUACCACAUACUAACAGCAACGUAACUAUUAAGAAUAUAUCGAGUGUAAGAUGUAGAUAUAUGUGUGUAUGUACAUGCAUGUAUGUAUGCAUGCAUAUAAGAGUCUGUACAAGUAAUAUGUUCAAGUUUAAAUGUUACAUUUAUAAAAAUGUUGUAAAAGGUGCACGCAUUUAUUAAAUGCGUUAAUUAC